UUGGUCGGUUCGUUUGCUCUUUUGUCGGCGGCUUCUUUGGAUUUUCUCAACUGUACCGCGCCCGUUGGACGGAGCCGAGAGUUGGAUUAAACUCGAACGCUAUCAUCAAGGGCAGGAGCUAGAUUUCGACUACUGCCUGGAGAAGAAUGGAUGACUCUACUCGGCGCUUACUGCAGCGACUCAUAAGACGGAUACCGACUCAGAUGUUAAAAACAACGCUGGACAAAUGGGGCCGUUUGACGGUGGCGCAGCGGCAAUCCGUGGAUUUUACGCAGUCAAAAUGGGCGUUGACGGAGAAACUGCUCGCCAUCUGCGAAGAAAAUGAGUGGACAGCUAAACACAUCACAGAACUCGAGAUGAUAUAUGUCACUGAGAAUCCAAACCAGGGGAUGUGGUAUGCCCUCCAGCUCAUGGACCCUGAAGAUGAUGCUCACUCUGUAGAGCUGACACAGUUCAAGGAGCAAUUUAAAUCUCACCUCAGAGAGCUCGUAAACCAUGUGUCUCUCAAAAUAAAGAAGCACACAGAUGAAGCUAUAUGGAUUCGGAUUGCAUGGGGAGACAGCUUCUCUCGGCCCAACCACCUGAAACCAACAUAUGUUGUUCACCAUCUUCAAACCCCUUAUGUCUUUGUGACCAGCCUGACAUCAAAGCAUAAGCCCCUGUUAUCCCAGGCCUUGGUUCUGUCCACCAGAUAUCACGGUAUUAAGGAUGCUAACCUCAGUGGACGGAAACUCACUGCCAUCAGGGACCUGCUGAUGAGGCAAUAUCAACAGGUGUUUCCCACUAAAUAUCCCAGCCCUCUUGCAGAAAAGAAUGAACCUGUCUCAAACCCACACAUAGAAAGAGAACAAGCUGGGCAUGUAGCAAACAGGCUUCAGAUGGCCUGCGAGGCCUUUGGUGAUGGGAUGUUGCCUCAACUACAGUCCGCAGUUUACAAGCUGGAGACAAAAUUCAGAGACCACGCCAACAAGACCAUGACAGAGCGGGAGGAGCCUUUCAGAUGUGUUGUUAAAUUUGCAAGCACCAACCUCCUGGAGUCACUCAGGCAUUGUGCAUCCUCAGGAAUUGCCUCCACCCCUGUCACCCCUCUGCUCUCCUCUAUUCCUCUAAAAGGAAGGAACUAUUUUGUCAUCACAGACAAUGGCCCUGGUCCCUCCUCACAAAUAAACCCACCGAAGAACUGAUGGGCCACAGACCCUCGAUUUAAAGGACUCACAGUGUAGCCUGUUCUUAUGUCUACUAUGUACAGUCAACCCAUGGUUUACUUUUACUAUUCUGUUGUUGAUCAUCUUGUUAACAUGGCUCUGUAAUUGUCAUGGCUCCCUGGAUUUCAGAAUCAAUUAAUGUUCUGUUAUGUCUUUAUGCGCUUGCAGUUGCAACUCUCAGUAUUUGUCAAUAAAUGAUUUUAUGU